AACUAAUUUUACUAGUUAUUACUACAUCAAAAUGAGGCUUUCUGAAUUCACUACUCUUUUCUUACUAUUUUCUGUGCUUUUGCUGUCUGCCUCGGCAGAGCAAUGUGGUUCACAGGCUGGAGGCGCACUUUGUGCCUCGGGACUCUGUUGCAGCAAAUUCGGCUGGUGUGGUGACACUAAUGAUUAUUGUGGUCCUGGUAAUUGUCAGAGUCAGUGUCCUGGCGGCCCCGGUCCUUCAGGGGACCUUGGCGGUGUCAUCUCAAAUUCCAUGUUUGAUCAGAUGCUUAAUCAUCGCAAUGAUAAUGCUUGCCAAGGAAAGGGUAAUUUCUAUAGUUACAAUUCCUUCAUCAGUGCUGCUGGGUCUUUUCCUGGAUUUGGUACUACCGGUGAUAUCACUGCCCGUAAAAGGGAAAUUGCUGCUUUCUUUGCCCAAACUUCCCAUGAAACUACUGGAGGAUGGCCUACGGCACCAGAUGGACCAUACGCAUGGGGUUACUGUUUCCUUAGAGAACAAGGUAGCCCGGGUGAUUACUGUACACCAAGUAGUCAAUGGCCUUGUGCUCCUGGAAGGAAAUAUUUCGGACGAGGCCCAAUCCAAAUUUCACACAACUACAACUAUGGGCCAUGUGGAAGAGCCAUCGGAGUGGACCUUUUAAACAAUCCUGAUUUAGUAGCCACAGACUCAGUCAUCUCAUUCAAAUCAGCUAUUUGGUUCUGGAUGACCCCUCAAUCGCCAAAGCCUUCUUGCCAUGAUGUCAUCACCGGAAGAUGGCAACCAUCUGGUGUUGACCAAGCAGCUAAUCGCGUCCCUGGAUUCGGUGUAAUCACAAACAUCAUCAAUGGUGGCUUAGAAUGUGGUCAUGGCAGUGACAGCAGGGUCCAGGACCGAAUUGGAUUUUACAGGAGGUAUUGCGGAAUUCUUGGAGUUAGCCCAGGUGACAAUCUUGAUUGUGGCAAUCAGAGGUCUUUUGGAAACGGACUCUUAGUCGAUACUAUGUAAUGAUCGACUUCUAUCAUAUAAGGCCCCAACUAUAAAUAAAUUUAUGUAUGUACGAAAUUGUAUGAAUUGUGAUUGUAAUAUGAUGGGACCACGACUUAUAAUUGUUUGUUUUUAUAAUAAACAAAGACUAUUGUUCUUCUUCUAA